GGAGUCUUUGGCAGUUUGAGGGAAACAUCAUGUAGUUUUCCCCAGACUUGGUAACUUGAAAUAUAAAGACCUCUGGUUUGUCAUUCCUCUUCUUUUUCGCUUGGAAACUAUUUUUUUCAUCAACCAGCCGACAUCAUGUUCCUCCGCGGGUCAAAGAAGCGACGGUCCAACCGCUCGGUGAGAGUCUUUUUUACCUCACAUUUCAUUAAUUUUCACCUUUCUGCCUCUCAAAACCUUCUCUAAGGUCUUCUAAAAGCACAGAGAUUAGUUUUAAGUUUUGUAGCCAUUGUUUGCCCCACUUUUAAAGUGUACUUGAAGUUAACUUAUUCACAGAAAACAGCUCGAGCGUAACUUAGUCCCACCUCCACCUGGCUUUUGUGUCGGCGGAUUCUCCUCGUUAAAAUGUCCCACUUUGUCUUCUUCUCGUCUAAAACUUAUUACUUUUCAUUUUCACGUUUUUAUUUGAUUGAAAUGUAAAAACCAAACGUCACAAGUUUGUACUUUUUGAGUGUGAAGUCAUUUCUUGCGCCCCAGGUAGGGUCGGACUGGCUCACUGACGUCAUAGCUCCUUACCUGGGCACGUUUUCUCACCUGUAACCUGAACGUGUUUAUUCCCUCUGUUAGGGGUUUCAUGGCAGCAACAAUUGAUGCACUGUUUAAUUUGUCUACCGUUGGAAUAUAGCCAAAAAAUCACCGACUUAUCAGAGCAGAUUACUGAACAAAUGAAGCUUGUUUUCGGUCCAGACUAACAGCUGUGCGGCCGGAGAACAUCUGGCUCCUCAGCACACUUGGAGGAUUUCCAGACAGUGACUGUGAACCCAACCAGAAUGAUACCACACAGCUAGUUUGGAAAUUUACACUCACAGUAGACUUAAUGCAGCAACACACAUUACAGACAGUGGAAGACAGAGAGGGUAAUACUUGACAUCUUAUGAUCUGGGUAAAACACAAAAGAUAGAAAUACUUUAAUAAUCCCCAAGAGGAAAUCGCUUUUGUCACAGUACUCAAGUGCAAAUACAUUAAAACGAGAGGAGAUAGAUAUAUUAUUAAAACUAUAGAUAUAAUGUACAAGUAUUUACAAUAUAAACAACACAUAUAGUAUCAUUGUAAGCAUGUAAAACAGUGAGCAGAGUCCAGGUAAAGACUUCUGACUGAGGGUGUCAGAGUCUCUAAGGGAGGAGUUAAAAAGUCUGAUGACCACCGGCAGAAAAGAUUUCCUGUGGUGUAUCGUGGAGCAAGGGGCCUUCUGCUGAGGGUGCUCCUCUGCAGGACCAGUUCACUGUGGAGAGGGUGAGAGACAUUGUCCAGUAUGGAGUGGAGAAGAAGAAAUAGCACGAGGAGACGUUUAAAAGCAGAUUAACGGGCUGUGAUUUGAAACACAUUUUUAUAUCUUAUCCUCUAUCCUGUAUCUCCAAGACUGCUCAACAUAGAAGGUGUUAACUCCUGCAAAAACACGCAACAUUAGUUCAUUGAGACAUAGAUUUAGACUGCAACAUGAUUUCAAGUUCUUUCAAUAUUUUCACCUAUUCUUUUGGAAGCAUCUCUUAGAGUAAAAGCCAGUUGUUUCAAACUAUAAUUUUUCUAGAAUAACUUCUUUCCAUCAGAGAUCCCUUAUUCAACAACAUCCCAGUUGUUGCAGCUAAGUAGCAGCUACUCUUCCUGGGGUCCGCAAGAAGACAGUAAGCAUUAAAAUGAUAAAAAUCCAAACAGGAGAAUUAUACAAGAUGGAAAAAUCAUAACUAAAACAAGAAUUAUGAUGACAUUACAUUUCCUAUUACAAUCGACACCAAUGAAGACCAAGAUAAGUGUACUAUUGUCAUAUAUUGUAUGUUGUCACUGCUUGGUCUUGGUGUUCUGUUUCUUAUUUAGCUCUUCUACUCACAUUUGCAUCAAUUACUUUGUCCUGCCCAGUUGGCACAAUUCCUGAAUAUACAGUUCUUAUGUUAAUACCUAACUCUGAGCUAAUUAUUGAUCUGAUUGUGGUAAUAUCUACUCAGGAGGAAGAGAUUUUAAGUCUUAUUAAAAGCUGUGAAAAUGACAGGACAUAUCACCAUGGAAGCUGUAACACAUUAAAAAGAUGACUUCUUUGUUAUAAUAUAAAAUACAACCAAACUCAUGUUAUUCAGUGUUUAACUUUGAAUCUAGUGUUCAUUAUAUCCCCUGUGUAUGCACUUUAGCAGUAGUUAAACACCCAGUACGUCCGUUCCCAUCGGACACAAACAAUAAGUCCACUCUAGUAUUAAUGAUCAUCAAUAUUUGAUGCUACACUCCAUUACUCAUCCUCAUUACAUGAGUUUAGCAUCAUGUUACAACACAUCGUUUACAAGUGAACACACGAGUGAGCACCAUGCUCAUUAAAAUAGUACGUAGAUCGUCAAGGCGUGGACUAUAGUCAGUUAUUUCCAUGUCAUGAUAUUGAGAUUAUACAUAAUCUGGGAUUUGAUUUGUUAGGAUACAGACAAAAUGUAUCCCUUUUCCCAGAAACUGUACUAUUGAAUUACGUAAUUUUGUGUUAUAAUCUGUUGUGGCUGAAUGAAAUGAACAGUGGAUGACUGUAAAGUACCUGCUCAGCUAUAAAAAAAGCAACAUUUUUUUUUUUCAUAGAGAUUAUGUUCUGUUUUUAGAAAAUUCAGUCAUAUUACGAAAUGCUUUCUAGUUUUCCACUAUAACAGAAUAUUUAAAUAUCACUAAUCCUUGGGUUCACCAAAUUCAUGCUAUAACAAGCAUUUCAGUAACAGCAUGUUGAGUUGAUCUGUUUUAUAGAGUAAAUAAGACUGGGCAUGAGAGUUCAAAACUCUGUGCACAGAGUAUGCAAGAUUAUUUCAGGGCAAUGCUUGUAAACGUAGUUUCUAUAUCAAGACACCUACUAUGGGGGUCAAGAACCGCCACUGCUGCAAAUAAAAAAGAAUGCAAAAAAAGAAGCCACAACAAAAAUUACUGAUGAAAAAAAAAAAAAAAGCUUGAUGCGAAUUAAAAAAAAGGAAACAGUGCAGAUUUUUUUAAAAGCCACAACAGAAGUUAACGAUACAAAAAAGUGGCAACGCAAAGAAAAAAGUUACUGUUAAAAUAAAAGGAUGCAAAAAUUUAUUAUUUUUUUAUUUUUUAUUUAUAUUUAUUUUGGCAGUUAGUAACUUUUUUUUGCCUUUUUUUUUUUUUGCAUCGUUUACUUCCGUUGUGGCUUUUUUAAUUUGCAUUCUUUUAUUUUCGCAGUAAGUAAUUUUUUUUUUCCUCGCCUUUUUUUUUGCCAUUAACUUCUGUUGUGGCUUUUUUUCUUCUGCACCGUUUCUUUUUUUUUUGCAUCGGUAACUUCUGUUGUGGCGGCUUCUUUUUUUUUUUUUUUUUUUGCAAUUUAUUUAUUUAUUUAUUUUUUUGCAGCAGUGGCAGCAGCAGCAGCAGUGGCAGUUCUCGGCCACCGUAACUUCACUUUUUGUUCAGUUAUUAAAAAGUAGGAUUAGAGUAACUAAAAUAAAAACUGAGGUUACAUGAUAACUAUUAAAUAAAGGUGAGACAGGUAAAACUAUCAUUUAUUAUCAUUUCUACAAACUUAACGACAGAAAUGUUAUGAUCACGUCAAGUACAAGUAAUCCGCUUGAUUUUUAACUCCAUCCAGUUGUUUAACGCCGCUGUUUGAGUUGACCUCAGCAACAGGAAGCGAUGCUGUACAAGCACAAGAGCCACGAAAAGUGUAGAUCCACAGAAUGUCAGACCUGCAGGCUGUCUGUUUGAUCUUCUCCAGUUAGAAGAGGUGCAUUUAGUCAGCAUGCCGUGGCAGCAAAGGCCUGUGACCCCUGACCUCUUGUGUUAAUGUUUAGCCUCCUCCACACCACAACAUUUAAGCAGGAGAAAGACCAUCUCUGUCUGUCAGUGUGAGAGCAUUUAAAGUGCUUUCUUCCUACUUGUUGUAAAAGAAACAAUCCUUUGGCAUUUACCGACCGACUAAUGAGACAUCUAAGUGUAUAAAUCAGCCAUUCACUCGUAUUAUUGUAAGUAAUUACUGACUGGGGACUAGAGUGACCUUCUGAUGUCAGAUAACAAAGCUGGCAGACUUUCAGUUUGUCCAUUACCUGGUAACACAGUUACUUGGUAGCGAGACAGAGCUCAAGCAAAUUUAAGGCCAUGUAAAUUAAAACUUUUAUCCCCUUAGUGAAAACAAAGACGCUGAGUAAAAGUCUGAUGCUGGUCUGAGUGAAAGCAUGUAAGCAGAUUUGAACGCUUGAGUACAAUAUUUACUUUACCCACACUUAGUUUAGAAGAAACUUCCUCGGACCACUCCCAUCACAUCCUUCACAGUUUGCAGCACAAUAGGCAAACUUUCAUUGUCAUUAUCUUUUGUAGGGAACUGAAAGGAAACACAAACACGAAACCCUCAAGUCACUGUGUGGCCUUGACAUGUAGGAGACGUUCUCAUCGAUAAGGAAACAUGUAAGGAAAUGUAAAACUAGCUGGCAGUGGCUGAUGUCUAAGGUUGUCCUUGCCGUUGUCGUCAAAACUCAGAGGAGUGGAGGAGUGAAUUAAAGUUUUUUUUUCUUUUUAAAUCAACCUUUUUGUUGACAGGUACAAAACAACAGCAAAGAUAGUUUUCCACUUGACUGUUUUCAGUUAAAUAGAACCCCUAUGUUAAUACACCAGGGCCAACACAAUAGAGAACGCGAAAGAACUAAAUAUUCAGAGAUGAAUUUUGACGUGCCUGACUAUACAUAUCAAGCCUGAUGUGAUUUUGCGACUUUCCAGGGGAAAAAGACGCAUCCCUGGGAAGACUUUUUUUGUCCUUCAGGUUGUUAUCUUUGUAAUGUUUGUGUCUUUUAUCAAAAAUCACUCUGUUCUCCGACACGUAAACAAUCAGCCGGUUGACCAUGUUGGAUAUACCGAUAAAUCUGACGUCGCAAGAACACGAAAUCUGAUUGGUCAGAAGUGGACACACAGUAUGCGAAACUUUAGAAAAUUCAACUGUGAUCCGAAAAAAUAAAUGCCGCAAUAUCGCAGGACAGGAAAAUGUCGCUGAUGUGAACGCUUAUAUUGACAGGAUAUGGGUUCGGAAAAAAACAUGCAUGUCCGAAAUAAUCACACGAAAAAAACACUCCGGUGUGCAACGACCUUAACGUUAACAUAUUCCACCUGUUAACAUUAGGGUUGUUGGGUUUAUGACAUUAAUUGCAGCCGGUCAGUAGGGGGAGCUCUAAAUCUUUUGGCUUCACAGUAAGUGAACAGUUAUAGCAUUGGUUUAAAUAUUCAGUCUGGUGAAUAUCGAGCUGCAAAGACAGGAAGUUAACAAAUAUAACUCCUUAAGGCUAGCUAAUGGGUUAACAAAAACAGUAUGUGUUUUUAACUAAACUCAGUUUCCCUCAAGAUUUUUACCAUCUGUUGUCUGUUCUGUUGCUCCAGGCAGCUCAACCAGUGGUAGUUUGUAUUUGGAAAUCAGUUAUUAAAAACAGUCUCUCAAAUUGCUGCUAAAUCAUGAAGCAUUGAUAUUACAACAAUCUCUUCAUUUCUUCAGACUGUGCACCUGCUGCAGUGAGAUUAUGGUGAAUUAAAUGUUGCAGAAACGGUCAGGGUGUUCACUUGACGCCUGUUAUCUCAGCCCACAGCCGUCCUGCAUACUUGAAGUAAAUUUAAAGCUUUUCUCCGGAUUCCUAAUCCUUCAUUAAUUAUUGCGUCAUGAUCGUAUCCUUGCUUCGCUUUUAAUUACUAUGCCUCUAAUAGAGUGAGCAUCCACGCUCUGAUGCUGAAGCCCUCAUCAGUUUUAUAGAUGACUGUUUAGAGGAAGUCAAAGCCAUCAGGGUGAGUUUUAUCUGAUGUAAACAGACCUCCAUCUCAUGAAACGCCAGAGUUCAUCGGGGAGAAACUCAGCUGAGUAAUUGAGGGCAGAGUCAGAUGAGUAAUUCUUCAUACAAAAUUCUCAUAAUUUGCCCAGAAAUAUGUGUGUUUUUAUACUUUGAGCUGAUCAAAUGGCUUCCUCUGGUGGUGCUUCUUGCUUCAGGUUUGAACUAUGCCGGCUUACAUCCACCCUCAACAACAAACCCUCUCAUAUAUGUCUUAACAAAUAAAGAAUAGAGAUAUGAUUAUUUGUAUAUUUAAUUAUUUUAUUGAUUAGUUUGGUCGUUUUUUUUCCACAAGAUGUUAAAAAAUUGUGUCAGUCAGUGUUUCUUAGAGUCCACUAUGACGUCCUGAAAUGUACAAACCAGAAAACUCUCAAAAUUAAGAAUUUUGACUAGUAAUUAGAGAUAAAAUACAAUGCAGUUGGUUAAUUAGCUUAUGUAAAACUUCAUGGUUAUACAUUGGACAGCUAACCUACUAAUUUGUAACCUGCUGAAUGUAAAGUUGUUUGCCCAGAGAUUGCUGAUGAAUUCUUCUCAUAAAGUUUGGCUUCACUUAGAAAACAGCAGAUAAGAGUGUCAAAAAGCACAGUGGAAAUAUGAACACAUCAGGUGUUGUUUCAUUUCUCCCCUCUAUAAAUGGAAAGACAGUAACACCCUGAGGUGUGCGGAAGGGUCGGCUACAAUUUCCAAAACUGGAUUUGAAGCCAGCAGCUUUUACUUGUUUUCUUUUGUUCAGUGUACAGGAUUGUAGCCGCUCACCGGUGUGAAAUGCUCGGAGACUUCAGUACCUCCUUUUUCGCUCGUGUCAGCGUGACAGCUCAGAACUUAAUUUACUCAGAAAAUAAGAAGUGAAAAGUCCAGUCACCCAGAAAGUCUCUGUUCGCUUCAUUUAGCCCGUCUUGCAACCUUUCAUACCUGGCUCAGUUGGCAACGUUCAAAACAAGUCAAAGUGGCGACAGAAAAGUCUGCAUGGAGCACGACAGAUCUGGAUGACACAACAUACUGUGAGACAUUUAAUAAUAGCAUGUGAAUUAUAGUUUACUGCUAUUGUGGGACUAUUCUGGACUAACUUGUUUAUGUUCCUUCGUAACUGGAUACAGUCAGCAUGGCAAUUAUCAUGUUCCUUGGAUUCAUGUAUCUACUCACAUGGGAACAUAAUAAUCUUAAAACACGCACACACACGCGCACACACACACAAAGAUUAAUUCCCACUAAUUCCCUUAUUUGACAAAUCUGUGGCUUAUCAAUCCCUAAACAAAUCAUUUAAAACUCCUAAAAACAAUCAUUACAUCCUUCAGAUUUCUGUCAGAUAAGCCAAACCAAACCUUUAAUGCCUAAAUGGAAGGAAAGCAGCAGAUACCGAUCAGUUUAUAGGCGGCUCAGCGAUGGGAAAACAGGCUCGACGUGAACACCUAUUUUUGUGGUUAGAACUGUUAUCCUUGGGAGGUGUGUGCAGUUGGAAGGAGAAAAUCCAAAACACAGCUGAGCAGGUAUGCACAGGUACCUCUGUGAAUCACAUAUCUCUAUUUUAUUGCCGUGCUCGUUAAACUCUUCCAGCCUCACAGCACAAACAUUAUACAUCUUUAUGUGAGGAGCUGUUUGUGUGUCUUGGAAAGCGAGCGCAGUCACUUACGUUUCAACCCUUUGGCCUUUUUUUGAAGUCUUGACAAAUUGCAGCAACUGCUUUUUUUUUUUUUUUUACCUCUUUAUUUUUGUUUAUUUGUACAGGCUGAGAUUAUGAGGAGCAUUUAAGUUCUUCUUCUAAAAAUGGAGUGGAAAACAGGAGAAUAAAAACAGCCCUUCAGAGAGAGGGGGAACGGACAAAGAACAAGAUAAAGACGAGCAAAUGUUCACUGACAUCAUGAGAUUGAUUAAAAGUCAUGUCAUUUUGAUAAUAGAUUCGCUGUUCCAGUCUUUAAGAGAGGUUUUGGAAAGUGUGGGUGCUGCAUCAUUCAGUCUAAGAGGGGAGGGGUUACCUGGCUCUUUUUUAGGGGCGCACACCUCAAAAGCCAGCAUUUCAGGUGAUACAGGCAUCCACAAGUGCCUGUCACAUUGUCAAUUUACACAAUUUACAAUGCAGAGAUCAUGUUACACAAUAUAUACAGGUUUUGGAGCAUGAAAUGUUGCCAACAAGACUGUUUUUUUUUUUCAGGUAAGACUUUGCACAACACAGAAAAAACAUGAAAAAGAACAGCCUGAGGGUGGGUGGGUGGGUAGGUAGGAAGAUAGAUAGAUUCUUUCUUACUUACAUACAUACUUACUUACUUACUUACUUACUUAGUUUCUGACAUACUUACUUACUUUCUUACUUUCUUACUUACUUAUUUUCUAAUCCCAGAGGGAAAUUCAAAAAUCACUGGUAAUGCUGCGUUCGAGUUACCUCGGAAGUCACAAGUCUGAGUUCAAAAUGACGUCACAUCCAAGUACCUAGCCUUUCAGUUACCAAGUUGGAUAAAAGCCUGAAGCAAUACGGCUACAUCUACGAAAGUUACUUUAGCACUUGCCUUAUAUCAGGACAAGGCAAGCGCUAAAAUAUCUUUCGUAAAUGUAGCCAUCUUGUUUCUGCCUCCGAUUUUGCUUUUUUCCGACUGAAACGCUCAUAACUUGGUUGUGACGUCAUUUUCAACUCGGACUUCUGACUUCCGAGGUGACUCAAACGCAGCAUAAACUCACCUGCCUGCUAAACAUUUGUUCAAUCAUGACAAAAACAUGACAACAAAGGAAACCCCAAACUGUUGAGCAGCCAAAAAGUUUCACUUUUGAAAGCCCAGAAAGAGGUUCUCCUUGGUUUCCAAACAUUUAAAGAGUGUUGUCAAAAGAAAAGGACACACAACACAAAUAUGCGUGCAUCACUUAAUACUAGACUUUUAUUCUGAUGUCUUAUAAGCGCUGUAUGUAUAUGUGGUCAGUUAAAGACAUAAAUUCCCGUAUGUGCUGCACUGACCUAGAAAGCAAAGUACUCCAGCUAACUAAGCCUGCUGACUGUGCCUACAUGUAUUUUGAUGCUUUCAGGCAAACAGCCUCAAUCUAGCUGCGUUCCAUUUUUAUAGGUCAUGUAAUGUUGCUUUAAUGAACAUAGACAAAUGUCAGAGUCAGACCAAGCUUUUAAAGAUAUCCUUGUUGAAAACGUCCUCUGUAAUCAUCUUCAAAACCGACAACACUGGAGGACAGUAUAGCAACAGAUUUUGCGGCCAGGCCUUGUUGAGAAAAUAUCAAUAACAACUUCUCACAAUCCACACCCACAGUCUCAGAUAGAUCAAUAAUGACACUGGCAUUAGCAGCAACUGUAGCUGAUACAUGAGGUGCCCCCAAAUUGAGGCCCAGGGAAAAAAAAAAAGUGGCGACAAAGUGACUACAUGGAGAGGGAAAGGGUGCAGCUCUCAUCCUGUGUCUGCUUCCUUCCUCUCAUCUCUAAAAAGAGGCCUGUGUCUGCGGUCCAGAGUCCACACACACACACACGCACACAUGCUCGGCUGCAGGAAUUGAAUCAGAGGUGAGAUAUGAGGUAGUUGGUUUAGCUGCUGUUGGCAAAGUCAGAUGCAGCACUCAGCACUUUUUAAAGGGCAUGUUUCAGAUUAGUACUCCAUCACAGAGUAAAGCGCUGCUAAAAUUCACAGUUAAACAUAAUUGAGGCAGAGUUUAAGGGAUGAACUCGCAAACAGGUUUACCCAAGAGCUUACUAAGUCAAAUUCCACACAUCUCAUACUGUAUUUAGUCUUUGAAGGCCCCGAGCAGCCGUUCUCAUCCCUUUGUGCUCCUUAUUGCUGCAGCAUGAGAGCAGGAGGGGGGAUUACUCUACUUGUACUGUGCAACCAUCUUUGAGUUUAUAUGCCAUAAUACAUAAUCUAUAAAAAGCCUAUAUGCUGCUGAUUUAAUAGCUAGAGUGACUGACUUUGAGUGCAUUCUGCUCGUGGCUUUAACGGACACACAUCUGACUCCUUCACUAUGAUGUUGCUGUUUCUGCGACUCUGUCUGGCGAACACAGUACGUGCUGCUGUCCGUGUUGUUUUAACCUCACGGAGUUGAUCCUGAAGGUGUGAGUGCUUCACCAUGGGAAAUAAUUUGAGCUGAGGAGAGUUUGUGUUGUGUUUUCAGCAGGAGGAAGAGGACCCAGACAGAGGGCAGCCCUGCAUGCGCUGCGGGGAUCAGUGCCCCGGCUUCCGUGUCCAUGGCUGGAGGUAUGAACCUUAGAGCUCUUUUAAAGAUUAGCAGGAGUGCUUGUUACCUUGGCAGGAAAUGUUUGUCUCGAGCUUUAUUAACACUUUCUCCUGCUGCAGUUUGGAUCUAAUACAACCUCUCAUAACAACAAAGUACUCUAAAAGCUUGUUUUUCAAGAAAAUUUUAGCCUCAUCCGCUUUACAUGCACACUUUUUAACUUUGUGUAGCGUAAAGCAUAUUGACUAGAUAUUUCACAGUUCAUGAAUCAAGUUGUGUAUGUGUGUGUCAUGUGUCACUGCAAGGACUUCAUCAUGCCCUCGAAGUAAAUCUGCUUAAGUGCGAUCUGUGUUCACGAUAAGUGCAGAUAUACAUUAAGAGACAACAACAACAAACAUGACCCAGCCAGGACACCACAUGAAUCCACAGAGCCGAUGAGCCCUCAUUGACCCCGAGGACGUAAAGACUCAGAGUUGUGGACUCAUAAGGGCCAUUAAGCUUUGACAUCUGCAACAGAAGCAGCUGCAUUUAGUUUAGAUUAUUGUCAUGGGGAAGACAGAAGCACCUCAGAGCGUUUGUCUGAGCUCUCUUCAUUUGGCUUCAGCUCCUCAGACCUGGAACAAAGAAGUGAAAAAAAAAACACCAGGACAGUUAUAGACAUGUCUAUUUUAUUCAACACCUGGUGACAAAAAUGAACUACCCAAAUUGGGAUUUACAGGGAUUACUCCAUCAACUAAUAAUUUCUGGGAGGGAUCUGCUGGCGUAAAACUAAUUAAGGAUCAAACACACUGCAACACCAAGUUAGACACCCCCUCGAGAGACGAAUGUUGCCGACCGCUUGCUUCUCUAGUUAUACCGACUUAAGUAACGACCGCACGAUAGCAAUACACAGAGUCAUAAACAAACCUCAACCAAAACACCACUCUAUAGCCACAAAUAAUGCUCAGAACAGCACCUAACUUCAUCAACCGUACAUAUAGGGUUCCAGCCAUAGUACUAGCCACCAAACAUCUUUUUAACUCUGACUGAUUUCAUUAGCAAAGAGACUAAACACAACUCACCUACUCUCUUCCAACAGUCGCUUGUUUGUAGCUAGACCUCAGGCCAGUCUAUUACGGACUACAGCGGGGGGGACACAGCUCAAGGAAGAACAUUUAUGAUCAUUUCCUCAUGGAAAUGCAAUCAGACCGAGAUGCUAAGGAACUACAGCGUCUGCAGUGCAAAAUGAUUAUUAUGGUGAUUAUUACUUCAAGGAAAUGAUAAAGUAAUUAUCAUAAAUGUUCUCCCUUGAGCUGUAGUCUGUAAUGGACUGGCCUAAUGUCUUGCUACAAACAAGCGGCUGCUGGAAGAGAGUAGGUGAGUUGUGUUUAGUCUCUUUGCUAAAGGAAUCAGGCAAAGUUAAAAAGAUGUUUAGUGGCUAGGAACCUGUAUAUACUGUUGAUGAAGUUUGGUGCUGUUCUGAGCAUUAUUUGUGGCUAUAGAGUGGCUUUUUGGUUGAGAUUUGUUUAUGGCUCCUCAGACCGCUGUGUAUUGCUAUUGUGCGAUCGUUGCUUAAGUUGGUAUAACUAGAGAAGUAAGUGGUCGGCAACAUUCAACUCUCGAGGGGGUGUCUAACUCAGUGUUGCAGUGUGUUUGACCCUAAAUUAAUUUCACGCUGAAAUAUCCUUUAAAACAUGGACUUCUCCUCGGUGUCCUUCGCAUCUCUGUUAGAAGUACAGUCACACAGAGAGUAGUAGCUGUAGUAGAAAACUGCCCACUUUUUACAACAGCCUGCGGGGACACAAGGCCAGCUCCUCUCAGCAGAUGGACGAGUGUUUUGUAAGAUGUCCAUAUUGUGUUUUCAAGUCAAUAGAGGGUUUUUGUAACUGGAGUCCUUGCAGCUAAAGACGACUUUCAACUCUUUGAAUUCCUGCCUUUUCAAACUCGCAAACAGGCCUCUCGAAACAUCAGCGCGCACACCUCGUCCUCCUGCUCGUUGAGGACUUGUUAACAGCUGUCAGAGGCACAACAGUUUAUUUUGUUCUGCUAAGCUGCUUCUUGCGUGCUUUUCAUCUGAGCCCACUGAAUCCUUUCUCGCUCUCUCCCUCUCCUUUAGUCCUUUAGUGAAUAUCCAGCUGGUUGGGUCUCUCAGUGAGUCUAAUCCUGUCAAUCACGCUAAUAAGAUUAGGCCUUACUGCUGUGAUAGUAACCCUGUAGACCACUUCAUACCUCAUUUCUCUUUUCUGACUACUGCUUUCCCUUUUUUUUGAGGAGUAGAAGUCAUAAACAGGCUGUAUGAUUCACAAGUUCCCUUACAAGACUGUGCUGCACAUAUACUCAAGUUUGAAACGCAGAUGGAUGAGCUGCUUUCACAGACCCAGAUGGGCCUUGCACUCAUGUUUGAGGUUGACUGUGGCUCGGUAAUGGAGGGAAUAAAACAGAAGGCACAGGAAUGCGUAUCCAUGUAACCAAACAACUGUAAUUGUAUCUUUGAGCUUUUCUCAGCUUUGUUCCCUCUAUUCAGGUCAAGACAAAAGCUUAGAAGUUGGGAUGUAAUCUAAAACACGUGUGCUGCUCUUUUACCCCCAGCCACACUGUGCUCUGCUGUGAGUCUGAACAGAUCGAUCUGUUUACAGUGGCUUUAAUCUGUGCCUCUCUAAAACAAUGACUUUGCUGUAUGGGAGGUUUAUGAUCAUGUGUUUGGAAAGAGGACAAAUGGAAGCGUCAUCUGGGUGAGGUUAAAAAGGAGAAUGUCUUGUUUGGAUGUUUAAAGUAUCUCAGCUAAUCCAGGAGACUGAGGAACAUGAAAGUGAUUAAAUGAUUGAGAUAUAUGGGGGUCACUUUGCAGGACCCCGGAGUCUGCUGCUAAUUGCAUCUCCUUUAAUAACCAAUUUGGAGUCACACCUUCCCUGACAGAGAAGACGGUCUGAGUGACCGCAGACUGAGCUGCCGCAGCUCGCUGAGAGGGAAGUGAUCCAUCUUCAUCCUGAGGUCUCUCACUCAGAGCCCAAACUGGGGCGGGGGGCAGAUGGUGCUUCCGCUGCCACGCGGGGAGUGAAUUGAGUUACUUUUGACCCGCAGGUCCCCGCCACGCUUCAAAAACUGUUCAAAGUCGCCGUCUCUAUUAGUCUGGGUGGCCAUGCGGCAAUUACUCAGUCCCUAAUCAGUGGAAGAGAGUUUUAGGACAAGACCCAUCUGUUUCUGAGAUAGAGAUCUGAGGAGGGCUUCACUUUCCCCCUCUGCAGUCAGACUAACUUAUAGAUUAUCACACCAGAAGCUCAUAUUGAAGUAAAGGAUUAUCUUAUAUCUGCCAUAUUGGAUUCCCUGCCAGCUUUUAAUGCUAUAUCAACUAUAUAAUGAGCUGAAAUGUGUAUUAGCUGUUGUGUCAUAGGACUUAAUUAUCAUGAGAAAUUGUUUUUAAAAUGUGAAAAUAAAUUAGAGAAAUAUGAUGAACAAGACAAAGACAGUAAGGAAACCUUGAGUCAGAGAAGUUUGCCAUCUUUGCCCGAUAAAUGUAAAACAUGUGAAGUUGGGUUGUUGUUGUUUUGCUACUCAUGAAAACUCAUGAUUAUGGCAGUAGUAGUUUGCUUUUUGGACCCUCAUUAGCCAAAGCUUAAGCUGAAAGCUGCUCCUGUCGUGCUCUACAGUUUAUAAUGUGACUAAUACAACCGCACAUUUACAGAAUAAAUCACAGUCCUCAAACACUGCGUAACAUGCUUCACAUUAACAGUGAACUAACAAUAACAAAUGACUCAAAUUAGUAAGCAUGAAGUAGUCGCUGUUCUAGUUAAUUUUAGUCUGAGUGAACAAUUUCUUCCCACCAAAAGAAAGGAAAUAAUUACAUUUAAAUGAAAUACAGUGAUAGUAGAUUUACCAACCCAAUCGCAAUCCUUUAUUUAGGAUGAUGAUGACACAGGAGUGCUACAUCUGUCUUUUUUGUAAAGAACCAAGAUGGAGGAUCAGUUGAAUUUACUAUUGCAGCCGUUUUCACUUAAGUAAAAAAUAAAAACAUGUAUAUAUUUUUUAUAUUCUCAUCUACAUGCUGCUGCUAGGUCACAUCUCUGAUGAUAUGAGUUUUGUCAAUCUGGCUGACUGUAGCCUUCUGCUAUUUUUCCCAGAGGCACUGGUAUUAGUUCAAAUUUCAGAUUAAAGAAAUGACCAGUCGUGCUGCUGAUAGUUUUAUUUUAUGAUGUAGGUUAUAAGGAGGCAUCAGAAUUCGAAGGACACUUUUUCAAAACAGUUGUAAAAUUCCAAACAGCACUUUUCAUCAAUAAUUCACCAGCUGAAAAGGAGCAAGCAAAAGAUUAAGCCUACUGUACUAUUAGUGCCCAGAGCAACAUGAAACAACAGAAAGUAAUUGUAAAAACAUGCAGAGCACCCCUGACUGACCAAAGUCAGAUGAGCCGGUAUGAAUUCAGAGAUGUGUCGUGACUUAAAUAAGUCCUACAACUCACGCUGCCAGCUGGUUAAUUCACCAGAGACACUUAGUCGUCAUCUCGAUGGUCGAAUAUGACAAAUCACCGCACGGCACGGCAUUGCUCAUCGGCUCCAGAUCUGCUCCUCUUCUUUCUGUGAUUAAUAACUGCAUCUGAGCAACAAUCGUCCAUCUGUUAUGAAUCAGAUCGAGCAGACUGGUUGGAGGAGAAGAGGCACAGUCAGUUUACUACUCGUGUCAUCCAGACUUUAAUUGUUUGUAUUUUUUAAAGACUGUUUGCAGAUUGCCAGCUUUAAUAGUAAGAUAGUGACUGUAACUCACCCUGUGUUUGCACUUUACCUGAUCUUUCCAAGUUAAUUUUAAAACCCCACGUGAGUGUUGUGUCUGUAUUGUUGUGUUCAGCGUGGCGCAGCCUUUUGUCUGAGCCCGCUGUCACUACGGAGGAGGGUGGGAGUCGGGGGUGGCGGGGACAUUAAAAAGAGCGCAGCGGACAGAGGAAUCAUCACAUGAGCGAAGAGCUGCCACACAGUAUCCUGCUCUCACUGACAGACGGACUGACAGGCACACAGUUUAAGGAUCAUAUUGGAUGAAAAACCUGUAGAUCUACAGAAGAGAGCAAGUCUGGAUGGGACCCGAGGCCGAGCUGGACUGAUAUGUGAUGAUUAUAGCAGGUACUGAAGAAACCGUUUUACUCUCAGAGAGGAUUAAAGGGACAGGAAAGUCAAACAGUCAUUAAGUUUGAGAGAUGUGGACGGACAGAGGGCUUUAAGUGAGUGUGUCUCGGUUGUCUGCCUUUGAUAGUCUGACUUUGUGUUGUGCUCUUGUAUACACACACACAAGAGCAGAACAUGACGUCAAGUGCAGCUGUUAUUACUCACCUCUCCUCUGCACUGUUAUUACCCGUCAUUUAUCUCAGCGAGGAGGCUUCACGGUAUUUCAGAAAGACGUCAUCGUGUUUUAAGAAACUUGACCCUGCAGAUAAAAAAAACAUGUUCAAAGUAUUUUAAAUAUUGGUUUAAAAGCUCCUGUGAGGAUUUUUUAAGCUGCUUUUGAACCAGAUUGAGAUUGUUAUUGUACGUCUGUGACCGGCGUCAGCAAACAGGAGCAUCGGGAACACGGCUGACAGUUUGUAUAUAAUGAUUUUUAAGGCCUGAAACUGCUGCGAGGGUGAAGGUGUCAAGAGGGAUGAUUCACAGCGCGCUAGAGAAACAGCCUUUCUUUGCACGUCCCAAAGAAAAUAUUUACAAAGAGUGACAAUUUUGGCUGUAAAAGAAAGCACAGUGAGUUUUUCAGAAAAAUGCAGUGAUGUGGUCUUAAAUCAAAGUCACAAUUGAAUGAUUAUUGAUUGAUAAAUGGUAGAUGCUAUCAAUAAUUUGUUUUUUGAUGUAUUACUCGCCCUUUCAUUUAUGCCCAUCACAAACCUGCCUUACUGUCUAGGGUUGCUGCCUCCAUUUUUGUGAUAAAUAUUCAUUUAAUCAUCUUAUAAUUGUGAGUGGAUCAUCUGUGGCUGGUAAACAAAAGAUGCAGAAUCAUUGACAACAGUUGUGCCGUCGUCUCUAAACAGUGUUCCUGUUUCAUCAAAGCAAAUUACGAGGAAGUUUGUUGAUUCUGGUCCAGAGGAGCAUCUGCUCAAUGUCUCUAAGCUAAUAACCGAGUCUGUGCUGUGGAUCCAGUGUGUUUACAGUAGAGGCGGUGUGGUUUUGAUACACAAAGAUGUUACAGAAAUUAAAGACGGUUAUAGGAUAAAUAUUUAGAAAGACUCACUGGGAGCUUAACAACAGUUGAAAUAGUCUACUGCAGGAUCUUUCAGUCCUCUUACAUAAUUGUUGAAGACUUUCGCUGCUUUUACCUGGAAAGGUUUGCACGUGAUCGCAGUUUUAUUACCGUUUUUAAAGGGGUUUCUCACCGAGCUCUCUGAUCAUUUAAGAAGUCUGGAGUUUUUUCAUGGGACCCUCCUCUUUUGGGGCUUUUGGAUUGGCUGUAGCAACCAUGAAGUAGUUUUCACACUGUAGAAAUGUGUAUUUUCAAGAGGAGGUUAAGUUUGCAUACUGUAUUUGAUUUUGUAAAAGUUAACAACUAUUCUAACAUUCAAAAGUCAUAACUCAUCACUUAUAAUAAGUAUGAUUCAUGAUGUUAUCCCUAUUGUCACCAAGUUUAAAAAAGACCAAAAAAGCGGCACUUUAAGUUUUAAGAAAACACUCAACAAACACUAAUAUUUGAGUUUUAAGAUCAUCUGACCAUGAAAAGGGUGCAGCUAUCUGUUAUUUAUGACUUAAUCAAACAAUCCUUUCAUCAUUUAAGAGCAACACAUCCGACUCACCACAGACCUGAAAACCAAUGAGACUACAUUGUAACAGUAGUCUGUGUCCAUACAUUUCGACCCACAGAUCAGGACAUCUGAUUAGAUUUUCACUCAGUGGGAACUUUCUUGUAAUUUCUUUGACCUGUCAGCACCCCGUUCGCGCACAGCCGGAGGGGAUGAAGCCUGGUUGCAUUACAUCAGCGGCUUGUGACUCAAAUAAUUGAACAGGACUGAGCUCAGCACAGCGGGGCUCGGUAAAUUGCAGCGUUCAGAAAUGUGCUGCUUUUAAGUUUCACUGGAGUCAGGAUUUCUAACAACCACCUGCCAGCGAAAGAAAGGUGGAAUGGUUAUGUCUUUUUUGUGUGUGUGUCUGUGUGUGUGUGUGUGAUACAACAGGCUAUACUUUGGGUGUGUUGAUUUUCUCAUAUGUGGGUUCAACAUGAUGUCUUUUACAGCCACAAAUGGUGCUCAGAGCAGCACCUAACUUCAUCAACAGUCCCAGCCACAGCACUAGACACCAAACAUCUUUUUAACUUUGCCUGGUUUCUUGUUUCACACAGCUCACCGAGUCUCUUCCAGCAGCUGCUUGUUUGGAGCGAGACCUCAGGCCAGUCCAUUACGGACUACAGUGGAGUGACGCAGCUCAAGGAAGAACAUUUAUGAUCAUUUCUUCAUGGAAAUGCAAUCAGACGGAGACGCUAAGGCAGAAGAACUACCGAGUCUGCAGUGCAAAAUGAUUAAUAUGGUGAUUAUUACUUCAAGGAAAUGACAAAGUAACUUUAAAGUUAACUUUGCCUAAUUUCUUUAGCAAAGAGACUAAACGCAACUCACCUACUCUCUUCCAGCAGCCGCUUGUUUGUAGCGAGACCUCAGGCCUGUCCAUUACGGACUGCUGCGGGGUGACGCACUCAGGGGGAACAUUUAUGAUCAUUUCUUUAUCAUUUCCUCAAAGUAAUAAUCACCAUAUUAAUCAUUUUGCGCUGCACACGCUGUAGUUCUUCUGCCUUAGUGUCUCGAUCUGAUUGCAUUUCCAUGACGUUAUAAUCAUAAAUGUUCUUCCUUGAGCUUCGUCACCCCGCUGUAGUCCGUAAUAGACUCUUUCAAAGUCGUGCUUUGCUGUCUCUCAGUUGCUGCAGGUUGUACAUGAAAGUGGCACCCCCUGCAAACGCUCUCGUCACGUGGAGGCUGGAGAGGGUGGGUGCUGCUGGGGUGAGGCCAGGGCGAGGGGUGAGGCCAGGUGAAAUGCGGUUCAUUUGCCAUCUGUCUCAUCAGCCUGAGUUCUCCUAAACACUUACAUAGGCACCCCCUCCCACACAACGCCAACACUCUCACGCACAGCUGGGGUCAAAUUCAUGCCAACACGGCUUAUCCUAAGCUGACUUGCUGUGUUUACUAUGAUUUAUAUUGGUUCAACCCACAAAGCAACUACUACUGUAUAGGAUGCCAACUCAACAUUGACACAGGACAGCUGACUAUCUCGAGCGGAGCGUCCUCUGACGAAGAAAAGUGAAAUUGAUCACAUUGAAGCGUGUUUUAUCAACUUUUUAAUAACUCUUUCUGCUGAGUAUCACUUUCGAUCUGUCAUGUAGAUUAACAGCUCCAGCUAACAUUUCAAAGAAGGUUUUCUGAGGCGAUUGAUUAGAAGAAGAGCUGUCAUGCACUUAACUUGCAGUUGUGUGUGUGUUUGUGUGUGUGUGUGUGUGUGUGUGCGCUGGCUUUUUGCUCUGGUGGGGGUUGGGUGCCGGAAUAAAGCAGCUUUGUGCCUUGUGAACUUGAGCCACAAGUGCCAGCUGGCAGGCUGUUAUGCAAUCCCAGCAAAGAUGCACACUUGCAAUACAUGCUGCAUAUGGCUCCGCAUUGUCGCAUCAACACAUGUACAUGACACCCCACACCUUAGUGUAACCCUGAGGCACCUCACACCUCACACCUCACUCUGACUCCACACUGUCACACCUAACAGCGCCAGAUUGAAUGUGGUGAGAAGUUCCAGGACAAGACAGGGUGUAAUUUGAAGCCGAGGGAGAUUAUCACUCCCGUCUUCACCUCCCUCUCUUAACCGCCACCAGAUUGACAGCCAGCUUAUGACAGUGACCUCAUUUCCUGUGUGUUAGCUAGUAGCUUGUUUGGGAUGCGCUGAUCCAGAUGCAGAUCUGGUGAGAGGUUGGCAUUAAUGUGGGCAUUAAGCGGAUAGUCUGAUCCGCAGCAACAUCUGCGAGGAGUUUGACUGCACUUGUUAAGACUAGGCACGCUCAUAACGUGGACUAUAAACCAUAUGGUAGAAUAUUAUUGCCCAAGUCAGUAGUAAGAUAGGACUCUGGUUGGCCUAACUCUUCCAGUUUGCUUCAUACAAAGGCAUCGAUUCCCACUGCAGCAGUUUCAGCUCUCACCUCUCUCUAGGUCGUCCUCAGACGAGCCUUCCAUUGUCGCUUCCAGUCAUCCCGAUUCUCCGUACAUCUCACCAGUUCGUUGGUACUCUGAGCUCCUGCAUCCUUCUUGAGUAUGUCCACGUAUGUUAGUGUAAGACGUCCUCUCGACCGAUGCCCAUGUGUUGGUUCCCACAGCACCAAUUUGCUGGCUGGCAGAUUCCCGAGAUUUAGGGAAGCAAGAAUCCCUAAAUCUAGGGAUUUCUCCAGGGUUGGCUUCAGGGUCCAGCAUUCACUGCCAUAGAGGAGAACGGACUCUACUGUCGCGUAGAAGAAGCUGAGUUUGAUUUGACGGGGGAGGUUGGAGUUCCAUACACUGGUCAUGCUGUUCAGGGCUCUCCGUGCAAGUGCCUUCCUCACUUUUAGAUCUUGUUCAGUUGAGUUGACCCGUGAGCCCAGGUAUUUGAAGUCCUCGACUUCUUUCAGCACAGCGCCUCCUGCUGUAGUCAGAGGUUGAUGUUCUGGUGGAACGUUGUAGGUGAUGACCUCAGUUUUUUUGACAUUUAGCCUAAGGCCAACUUUGGCGCACUCUAGCUCUACCCUGUUCAUUAGUUCUUGUGCUUGUUCCACGUUGUCGGAGAGCAGACUUAUGUCAUUGGCUCACCUCUGUCCCUUUGUUCUCACUUUUCACCCAUCUUGAAGGUCAUAAAGUAAAAUAUAGUUCCAGUUAGUAGAGAAGUCGCUCCAUACUGGUGGUGAUGAUGAUUUCCGGUCCCUACAGGAUUCGGUUCACGUCAUCCUUCCCCUUUUAGCUGUCGCUCUCAAACUGUACAAUCCAACAAAGGCAACAAGCUCAAAAGUGAAAUUUGGGAUUUAUGAAUUUCAGGUUUGAAGCCACUGAUGAUCUGGAAAUGUUUUUCGUCAGCUGUUGUUGCUUUACUUUUUGGCUGCUAGUUAAACCAACCUCAAGAAUGUGUGAGGGCUGGUUAGUUGCAUAAUGUCUCCAGCUUUACGCAUGAUGAAAUUUACUCUAUAACAGCAUGUGGGAGAGUCUGCAUGACUGUGGUAGAAGUUUUUCUGUUUGUGAUUGUCAAAGGAGCUGAUUUUCUUUUACCUCCAAAGACCAAAUUAAAAUUUUUCUUUUCUAUAUUUCUGCUUUUCCAGCAAAUAUCCAAACUUAAGAUUUGAACUCUGUAGUUUGCACCUGAGUUCCUGCAGCACCAGGAGAUCCCAUCUUCCCCGCUCUGUCUGACACUCGAUCAGUCUUGGCUUGUGUUGUAAAUCAUUACAAAAAGACCCCAGGCGUGAAGCCCAUAGAUUUUCUUCCUUGUCUCCACAGGAAGAUCUGUGUACACUGCAAGUGUGUGCGAGAGGAGCAUGCCGUGCGCUCAGUACCAGGCCAGCUGGAAAAGAUGAUGACGAAGCUGGUAUCAGACUUCCAGAGACACUCCAUCUCUGACGACGACUCGGGCUGCGCCUCAGAGGAGUACGCAUGGGUCCCACCUGGGCUCAAGCCCGAACAGGUAACAAACAAGUGCAAGAUGAGGGAGAACUUUAAUGGUAGAUAGACAUGUUAUCAUGUGAGGUUCCACUUGGACAUGUCUGGACGUAGACUCAUUUUUAUAACCUUGGGAAAAACAUAUUCAGUUUUUGAUUUAUGAUGCUAAUGGGAUAAAUGGGCCUGUAAAUGCUGUAAGUGUUCCCUGAACUCUGUCAUUUUGGCCUAAUCGGAGCACACUUAUCUCUUCACACAGGUUUACCAGUACUUCAGCUGCCUGCCGGAGGACAGAGUGCCUUACGUGAACAGCCCAGGAGAGAGAUACCGGAUCAAACAGCUGCUGCACCAGCUCCCAGCCCACGACAGCGAGGUAACAUCCCCGUCACUCUGACUCUGGAUGAUCUAGUUUUUAACCUCAGUGGUAAGCGUGUUUGUAACAGUGUGGCGCUCUGAUAGAUUUACAGAUUAUUACUCUCCUAUGAUUUAUGCUGCAGCAAUACUUCAUCAUUCUAACUGAUUCUAGGUUUAUUUUUAAGUCCAAACGUUUGCUAUUUUUAAAAAAGCGAAUUUAUUCAGGGAUUUUAUUUUAAGAUUCUGGGGGAAAAUAAUUUGAUCCAUUCAGAUAUAGGCUGAAUCUGGAUAUAGUAAUAUUAGGAAACUGCUCUAAUAUCAUUAUAGUAUGUUUUAUGAUGAUUUAUUUUGAAACAUCUGCAGCACAAUUAUCUUUAUGAUGUGUGGAGCUCUCAUGUCAUGACCUCUUUUGUUUCUUGUAGUGAAUGAAUCCUGUGAGCUAGUUCAGGCAGGCCACUUCAGCUGCUGUGCUUUAUAGUCUCUCAUGAAAGAUGUCCUUCAUCACAUGCCAAAAUUUCCUCUCGAUUUGGCAGCCUAUUUAAACUACAGAGUUUAGGAUCUCUACUUCUGCCCUAUCAAUGUCACCCGUCAGCAUUUUAUGCUUUAUUUACACUCCACUUCCAUACCGACAUCCACCUGCAGGCUCCAAUAUGGGGUUUAAAUUAUAAACCUAUCACUCCUUUGACUUUAUUUUGAAACAGACCACUCAACAUAUUCAUCGCUGUAUUUGCUGAUCACUUAUGACUCCCUGUACCUUCAGUUUUAUAACUGGUUGCUAAUAUCAGUCUGUUUAAAGGCCCCUUUUGGUGGGGAUGAUUUACAGCCCAUGACCUCAUUAGUGCUCCUCAUUUGUCUUGUUAUUUUUACCGUUUGCAGGUCGCCUGAAGGUAACCAGUCAGGCAGGCAACUGGAGUUCUUACAACCCCCGACAGAAAAUAGACCUCAGCAAAAUAUUUACAACAAUUCUUUUUACAAAUCAGAAAAAAAAAAUGUCGCCUGAUAGCUGCAGUUUCCACAAAAACAACAAAAACAAACCAAUAUGAUCAAUAAUGAUGAUAAAAGAAAGAGAAUUAAUGAGGAAGCAGGUCAAAUGAAUCUGAGCCCCGUCUGUCCAGGUGUAAACAUCCCAUAAAGUUCUUCAUAAUCGGACACUUAGUUGUGACAGUCAUUUUAUUUUGUUGUGUACUGUUGUGUUGGUCAAGAUUUUAUGUUUUCCCUGUUUUAGAGCUACAAACAGAUGUUUUUCCUCCUGCUGAGAAGAGGGUGUGAAUGAAUUUAUUUGAAAUGCUCACCAGCUUGAUCAUCUUUCCAUCUUGCAGCCUCAGUACUGUAACUCUCUGGAUGAUGAGGAGAAGAAGGAGCUGCGUCUGUUCAGUCAGCAGAGGAAAAGAGAAAACUUGGGCCGAGGCGUCGUCAGACUCUUUCCAGUGACUAUGACUGGAGCCAUUUGCCAGCAGGUAAAGCAGGCUUUUAUUUUAUACCCAGGAAACACGGCUGGUUACUUGAUUAAAGGCCGGUGUGAAGCUGAAAAACAUCCGUAUCCUUAUAAAACAUUCAAUCAUGCAGGUGGAAGCGUAUUAAAACACAUACGUGGGAGGCUUAUUCUAUAUAACGUUGAGGCGGGUUAAAUUGCAAGUAGGUGCAGGCAUAGCUCAGGGGCCACAGCACACUCAGAGGUUUAAUGAUUACAGGGCUGCAGGAGCAAAUUGCUGUGCAACCUGCAGAGUUCACCAUUUGUCAAAGGACAAAGCUCUUAACUUCCUUCCCUCCGCACCACACCUCCACUCACCCGUUCCAAAUCUGUUUUUCCAGUGCGGCAGACAGAUCUGCGGCGGGGACAUUGCAGUGUUUGCCAGCCGUGCAGGACACGGCAGCUGCUGGCACCCUCAGUGUUUCAAGUGCGCCUCCUGCAGCGAGCUGCUGGUCGAUCUGAUUUACUUCUACCAGGACGGACAGAUCUACUGCGGCCGGCACCACGCUGAGAGGCUCAAACCGCGCUGCCAGGCCUGUGAUGAGGUGACUUUAUCACUGAAAUCCUCCACCUGUCUGAUAAGCUUUUAUCUGCAGCUGUGUUUAGCUGCAGGUUAAAUGUAGUAGAGGCCAGAAAAGCUAAAAAUACAACCAAGAGUUGACACUUUUUGUUGAACAGGAAGCCUUGAUAAAGAAAAAAAAUGUGAUGAUUCAUUUCUGGUGUUUUUUUACUGCUAGGUUUCGAUAUUUCUCUGAUCAGAGUGCAUGGAGAGAUAAUGUUGAUUUUUCUGUCUGCCUGUUUAUGUUUUUGAAUGGCCUCUUAUUUUGACUUUACGGAUUAGUUGAUGUACUUUCCUAAUGGAUCCGAUCGGACUGACCUACAAGAGUUCUCUAGACAGGGCUAAGCCUGCAACAUGGCACUGACUGCAUCUUUCUUUCCCCAUCUUGUUAACCCAAAUCCUCACUACUCGUUUUAACGACCACGAUUUGUUUACAUCCGUAGCACCAUGGCUGCCGUACCAUGUGACCUCUCUAUCUUUGUCCGUCUGUCUGAUUGACUCUCACUCUUGUCUCUCAAUCUCAGAUUAUUCUGGCGGAUGAAUGUACGGAGGCAGAGGGAAGAUACUGGCACAUGAAGCACUUCUGCUGUUUUGAGUGUGAGGCUGCGCUGGGCGGACAGCGUUACAUCAUGAGGGAGAGCCGGCCGUACUGCUGCUCCUGCUACGAGUCGCUGUAUGCAGAAUACUGCGAUACCUGCGGAGAACAUAUAGGUACUAAAUAAGAACUCAUAUAACCAUAACUACUGUUGUUUGUAUACAGUUAGCAGUUAUCUAAAUACAGAGGAAAAAUCUCUGCUGACACAUUUUCCCUCAUCAGCUUUAACAGCACUAAAUAAACCAUUUAAUAACAACUUAUAAAACACGAUGAAGAAGAAAGCAUAUUGUUGGUUUUUACCAAAUAUAAAACUUUUAGUACAACUUCUCCUGCAGAUAUAUAUUCAAUACUAUUACAGCUGUGCUUCAUAAGUUUUCUGCAGGACUAAAUGCACGAUUGAGUUCUUAACUGACACUCCAGAUCGUCAGUCACUUCUUCUCCAAUCCAAUGAGCGCCUGAUUAAGUCAAUAACAAACGUAUCCAUAAGCCCUCACGUUUGUUUACACGUGCUGAUUAUUAUUAAUGAAAUGUUGGCACAGAGCUUGUGAUUUUAUGUGUGUAGAAACGUAAUUAGACAUUGUUCAGUAUGUAGGCAAUGUAAAUGAAGUCUCUCUUGACUAUGCGACUCGUUUCACAGCACGUCAGGCCAGUUUUUAAUUAAGUGACUGUUACUGUAAAAAAAAAAAAAAAAUCACACCUGUGAUCUUUCCAGGUUGAACCUUGUUUGAUCUUCCAGAUAUGAACUGAAUGCCGUCAGACAGCAAGGGUUUAACAUAGACUGUGUAUCUUGUUUGUCUCAGACGAAAAGCGCUUCAUGUAUCAUUCGAUAAUCGUAAAUUUGCAGAGAAAUAAAAUAGAUAAACAGACUAUAAAUGAAUACUGACGCAUCUUUGUGACCUAUAAAAGCAGAGAAGACCGUCAGUCAGAAGACUGGCAGUUUCUACAUAGUGAUUUUUAAUGCCUGAAACUGCUGCGAGGGGGUAGGUGUCAGACUGGAUGAUUGACAGCACUCCAAAGAAACAGCCUUUCUUUACAUUUUCAACAGCAAAUAUUUGCUCUGACUGACACCUAUGGCUGUUCAAAGAGACAAGAUGGGAUUUUAAGUCUGACAAUUCUGCCUCGGCACGUACAGGACAAGAUCGGCGGCGUGAUAUAACGCACAUUUUUGCCUACAGGGGGCGUCAGAAUGAAAUCACAAAUCAAAAGUCACCCACAGCUCUGUCAGAUAACCUGCAAAAACUAAACAUGAGCUCAUUUAAUGUAGAUUUACUGAGGGUCUUUCUAUGAAAACUUUAUUGUGCUUGAGAAGUCAUUAAAAGCCUCCUAGUAUUUCAUUUUCUAAUCUAUUUCAUCUGCACAGAUAACUGUAGUGAAUAUCUAACAGAAAUCCUGGCCUCAUCUGUAAGCAAGAAGGAGUUUGGUUUUAUUACCUUCUCUUACAGGCAGAAUAAUCUCUUACAAACGUCUAAGUCAAUUUAGAUAUUUUUGAUUUAAUGUUUAAUAUCCCAAUAUUUAAAAAGAAAAACGUUUGGAGCUCAGUACAGAGGCUAAAAUGUGUGUUAAUUACUGCUGAAGUACUGGUUUUGUGUUGUACUAUAAGACAAUCAUAAAUGCAGAACUGAGAGAGACUUGUAAUUUCUUCAGCUGACUCAUGUGAAAUCCUUCCAGGUAUCGAUCAGGGUCAGAUGACCUACGAGGGUCAACACUGGCACGCUGUUGAGGCGUGUUUCUGCUGCGCCCGCUGUCGACUCCCUCUAUUAGGGCGUCCGUUCCUCCCUCGGGCCGGGCUCAUCUACUGCUCCAGACCCUGCUCUCUGGGCGAAGACCCCAAUAACUCAGACUCGUGUGACUCGGCGCUGCAGGGCAGAACGCCUCAGCACAGGCGUGGUGGGAUGGUAGAGAAACUGCAGCAACCACAGUGCGGUUCCCCACUCCAGCCACCAGAGGGCGUCAAGUGUCCUGUGACUCCUGCAAAAGACUGUGUCAACACUGCAGUGGAAAACAGAGGUAGGGUGUCAAACUGAAAAUCUAUGAAGUUAAAACCUUUUAGAAACUUUAAAACUCACUUAUUUAAUUUUGACUUCUCUUCUCAGGAGUCCACUGCACCGCCCCAGUGCAAAAUGGACUCCCCCCACCCAGCGGUCAUCCUCAUCCCAGAGGCUCCUACUCUCCUCUGCCCCACAUUCAUCUAGGAAAUGGUUUUGGUCCAUCUUGGCCCAGUGAUCUUCCUCAUUACGGUUUACUCCCAGCAGACAGUGUCACCAAACCUUCUGUAAAUGGUCUACAGCUCAAUGGAAAUACUGGACUAACUGGUCUUCAUUCAAGAGGAACCUCCACAGCUAAAGACUGCAGGAACUGGGUGGAAAAGACGAACCAAGUUCUGCAAGGUAUCACCGAGUCUUUUCACCCUCUAAGAGUUUCAGAUCAGUUUAACUACCCUGUCUAACUCGACCUCCUCUCUCUCUCUCCUCAGUGUUCCCUCCACAGAUCAACUCCCAGCUCAUUUCACCAGACUCGCCUCCCCUCUCACCCAACCCCUCCGUCCUCCCGCCUCCUCUGCCUAUCAAAUCUAAAGACUUGAUGCCCCCUGAGUUGCCUCCACCAGACCUCCCCCCGCCAGACGACAGACCCUCAGAUUCUCCACCCCUGCUGGUCCGCAGCAGCACCGCCAGGGUCAGCUUCAGAGAACCAAUCAGCAGCAGCUACUCCGUCGAGGAGGACGAGGAUGAGAAUGAGAAUGAGGAGGAGCUGCAGGAAGAGGAGGAAAACCAGCAGGAUGAAGAUGAGGUGAAAGAAGGAUUUGGAAGCAGGUUAAAUCUACAGAAAGGCAUCCCACCGCAGAUGGAUCUACUGGGUAAGGAUUUGUCCGUUUGUUUCUGUAGCUCAUCCUGAAAGUUUUAAGAAGUUUCCUGGAGUUUUUAAAGCAUUUGAAACAGAGUGCUGAUUAAAAAAAAGUAGAAACGAACAGGCGAGAGAGGCGGGGCAGGACAAGCUGCUGCGUAUCAGGGGAGGAGAGGUGCAGGUGUGUGUGAGGAUGAGAUUAAAGCUGUUUGUGAACAAAUAAGAAGUUGAGUUGGAGAGUAACGUGCAGUUCUCCCUCUCAGCUGAGUGUUUACAUGAACCAAAGUUAUUAAGAGACCGACCCUCACCGGUUAUCCCCACCAGCUUAAAAAUUAUCAAUGAUAUCCUAUUAAUUUGUGUUUGUUUUAUUGAUUGUAAUUCUUUGAUGGUGAAAUCAUGGUGUACAAGAAAAUGUCAGAGUUUACUAUGAUACAAUUUUCAAAUUUUAGUAUGAAAAAAAGUCAUAGCAGAGUAUCAUAAAAAAACAGCACAGUAUACCAUGACAAAAUUUUCAAAUUUUACCAUGAGAAAGAGUCGUAGUAUAGAAUGAUAAAAAUAUCUUAUUAAUGGUAUGAUUAAAAAAACAAUAAUAUACUAUCAUAAAAAUUUCAAAUUUUUGUAUAAUUAAAGUCAGUACGGAAUGAUAAAAAAUGUCAGAGUAAAAUUUUAUUAAAAAAUUCAAAUUUUAGUAUGAUAAAAUAUCAUAGUAUAGUAUCGCAAAAACGUCAAAGUAUACUAUGAAAAAAUAUAUAUUUUAGUAUGAAAAAAAUCAAAGUAUAGUAUGUUGAGAAAAAAGGCAUGGUAUACUAUAACAACAAUUUCACAUUUUAGUAGGGAAAAAAUUAAAAGUAUAGCUUGUGAAAAAACAGCAUAGUAUACUAUGACAAAAAUUGCAAAUUUUAGUAUGAAAAAACUUUAUAGCAUAGUAUGAUAAAAUAUCAAAGUAUAGUAUAAGAAAAAAAUGUCAUAGUAUACUAUGCUGAAAUUUCACAUUUUAGUAGGGAAACAAGUCAAAGUAUAGUACGUAUGGAUGGUUCCUACAGAAAUGAGGGGAGAAGAUGACGGACAGCAGCUGAAAAGAAAACAAAGAGAAAUUAGUUUUUUCUCCAGUAAAUUCAGAGCACUCAAAUUAAAGUUUAUUUUUGUAACUUUUUCCCAAACAGAUGGGUCCUACCACCAGCGGAGUCUGAGGCGAGGAUGGAGCCGAUCCCGUGUCCCCUCCGACCCUGCUCUCCACCCUGGAUCAGAGAGGCGCCCCAGACGCUCCCGUCCCGACAGACCCCGGCUCGAGACGCUGGACUGGAGAGGCGAGAAAGACAAGGACUACCGAAACUCUCUGACCCUCCAACCAGGCCACUACAAACACGGGGACGCCUGCUCCACCUGCUCCUCAUCCUCAGACUCAGAGGAAGAGGGCUUCUUCCUGGGACAGCCGAUACCUCUGCCCCCGCAGCUCCGAAAACAACAACCUGAGGAGGGCAGAGAGAGAGGAGAGGAGAAGGAAGUGCAGAGAGGCUCGGGGCUGAGAGGGAGUUUCAGACGGAGACGAGCUCACAGUCUGGGAGCAAAGGACAAAGAUAAAAACUGCGCUAUCUCCUAACACAAACAUCAAUAUACGGCAUUUUGUUUUCCAGAUUAUGGUGCACAAAGAGGAGCUGAUGGCCCUCAUAACUCUGGUGUUCAGAUUGUUUUAUGAUGUUGUGAAUCAAACACACACGUGCAGACUCAUAAAGGUGAACCACUGACACACUGCUCAGCAAAGGGAAGCACAAUAAACCUCAGAGGAGUUCAAGCAUUGUUACAGCGUAGAAAAAUCCAUGAAUCAUGAUUAAAUUUAAUAUUACCGAUGUUAUGAUCGUAUAUCAGAGUGAACACUAACUGCAAUGUAAUUUUACAGUUUUUUUAUUUUAAUCAUAAAACAAAUUUACAGAAGCAAACUCAGAGCAGCGAAUCUGAUCAGGAAGAGGCAGCACGUUUGUUUGUAAGAGAAAUAUUAUUUUAUUUAUGACUCUGCUAUAACCACAUCUCUGUGCUUUUAUGUGCAAUUUAUAAAACACUGUAAAACAUUACAGUAGGGCUGGGCGAUAAGGACCAAAAGUCAUAUUCUGAUGUAUUUAGGCUGAAUAUCAAUAUAUCGAUAUACAUCCUGAUGUUGUUUUUGUAAAGUGAGAGCAAAGGUUUAGUCACAGUCAAAGCCAAAUAUGACAUGUCACAGAUAGUUCUAUUUAAACUGUCAGGAUGAAUUUAUGCUCAGCUCAGGAGACCUCGUGGCCAGCCCAGGACCAGGUGGAGGGAUUAUAUCUCUCACCUGGCCUGAGAGCGCCUGGGAAUCCCCCCGGAGGAGCUGGUGGAAGUGGCUGGGGUGAGGGCUGUCUGGGCUUCCCUCCUGAAGCUGCUGCCCCCGUGACCUGGACCCGGAUGAAGCGGAAGAAAACGAAACGAAACGAAUCUUAGAUAAAAAUAGCCCAUAAAGUAAAAUAGGCCGAUCUUUUUCUGAAACAAAUUUAUUUAUAUAAGAAAAACAUCCACAUUUUCACAACUAUAAAUGGCCGAUUAAAAUCAAAUAGCAGAUUUUCUUCUCCUCUCUAACAAAUCCACAGAUGCAAACAACAAACACAACAAAAGAAUUAAAUAUGACAAACCCUAGCAAGAGCAGCAUUUACAUGUAUAAAGACAGAACAAAAAAAGUGCUCAGUGUCAUUUUGAGAUUACCAAUCUGUCUUUCUUAUCUUCUUAACAGUCUCAACCAGUUGCACAAAACUAAGAACGGACUAUGAACUCAGUGAACAUUUCCUCCUCUUUCUCUUUUACUUUGAUAAACAGUCAGUGCUGUCUUGAGGUCGACAUUAGAGGACAGACAAGUGUGUCCAUCAGCUUGUCAACAACAGCAUCUGAUGUCUCUAUAUCCAUAUAUGCGAUAUGGUCCAAUUCCAUAUCUCAUUUAAAAAUAUAUCGAUAUAUUUCUGAUACCGAUAUAUCGCCCAGUCCUACAUUACAGUUAUGAACACAACAUGGCCAAAUGUUACCGUGAUGUUUGAAGCAAAAAUGUGCUCAUUUUGUACGUGGAAAGUCUAAAAAGUCUGUUGCUUUUGUAGUAAAAUCCUAAAAAAAUCUGAUUUUUUUUACAUUUAUGUCUGAACACCGAACAAAAAAACACUUGUAUGACUUUAAGAUCAUUUAUUUUUAUAUAUGUGGUGGAGGGUGCUGUUCUUUGUUUCGCUGAAAUGAUCAUGACUGCUUCUGUUUCUCUUGAUUGUGCGACAGAGUUGUAUUGUUUUAUUAAAAGUGUCUUAAUUGUUU